AUGAUAAGUUAUUCACAUCGUGAUCGACAAUUAUGUUAUCAAAUUCAUGAACGACUUGUUCAAGAUGAAUUCAGUGUUUGGAUUGAUCGUGAUAAUAUGCAUGGAGCUACAAUGACUGCUAUGGCAGAGGCUAUCGAAAAUUCUGAAUUUGUUCUCAUAUGUAUGUCGGAUACAUAUAAACAAAGUGUUUAUUGUCAAUCGGAAGCACAUUAUGCAUUUGAACGACGUUGUCAUUUGAUACCGCUUAUUAUGAAACCAACUUAUAAACCUGAUUAA